UGGAGAAAUGCAGCAGUAUCAGCCUCAGCCCUGGGAAGGAAGGAGAGAGAAAAAGACAGACUGAGACAGAAGUGCAUCUGCUUUGAAAUCACAGAGGGAAAGGGAGGCAGCAGCCACACGCACACACACCAUCCAGCCCAGCCGCCUGCGGUGCCUGUGUGCACAAACAAUAGGAAAGCACGGGGGGUGUUAAGAGGCAGAUCCAAGCAAGUACUGUCACAGCACGGGGCUGCUAUAUAAAUGCCGAGCUGGACAUUGGCUUAGUAGCUCAGCAUGCCCACCGCCGCUUGUUGCCUGACAUAGCACAAGCUUUUGCCUCCAGCUCAUGGUGUUUGACCAAGCUUCAGCAUGUCCAGGAGGAAGAUCUCGUCCGAAUCGUUCAGCUCGCUGGGAUCUGACUAUCUUGAGACCAGCCCGGAGGAAGAGCCAGAAUGCCCCUUGGCUCGGAUGUGCUGGAACGGGAGCAAAAGCCCCACGGGGUCGCAGGAGCAGCAGCAGCCAGCCCCGGUGGUUGGCCCCAGGAGGGCGACCAGGAGGAGAAGGGUGAACCUGGACUCCCUGGGGGAGAGCAUAAGGAAGCUUACUUCUCCCACGCCUCAGACCAUUCAGCAGACGCUACAGAGAACAAUGAAGUUUUAUGAGCAUCAAGUCAUUGGCUGCCCGGAUGCCGAGAAGAAUCUGCAUAAUGCUUCGCUGAAAUGUCCAUAUGCGGGUCUCCCGGCUAAUGAAGAUUCAGAAGACGUCUCAGGAAUUCUGCAGCGCACAGCCAACAUUCUGGGUCUCAAGUUUGAAGACUUACAAGAAAGAUUUGGCGAGGAGUUCUUCAGCCUUUGCUUUGAGGAGAAUGAAAGGGUCCUCCGAGCUGUUGGUGGAACUUUGCACGACUUCUUCAACGGGUUUGAUGCUUUGCUGGAACAUAUUAGGACUUCAAUCGGAAGACAGGUGUCUUUGGAAUCCCCUUCUUUCCUAUGCAAAGAGCUUGCCGAUGGGACCCUUGUGCUCAGUUGCUUCCAUCUCCAUCCCAUCGUAGGAUUUUCCAUGCUUGGUAUGAUAAAGGCGGCUGCAAAAAGGAUCUACAUGCUUAAAGUUGUGGUGGAACAGAUCAACAACACCAAUGAGAAUGUGUUUCCUGAAAUUAUUAGCCCGGGUAACUGUAACAAUCUGUACUAUAAAAUCAAGGAAUGUGAUAAUGCAAAUAUCGCUAAAUUACCUCCACAUAGAUCAUCCAGACUUCCGUCUGAUUUGAGGAUAAGUAUCAACACCUUCUGUCGAGCAUUCCCCUUCCACCUGAUGUUCGACCCAAAUAUGCUGAUCCUCCAGCUAGGUGAAGGACUUAGAAAGCUGAUAAAAUGUGAAAUUCACAAACUGAUGAAGUUUUAUGAUAAUUUUGAAAUAGUGUCCCCGAAAAUCGUCUGUACUUUUGAACAGGUCCUCCUGAGACUGUCUACGCCCUUUGUCAUACGGAACAUUCUAGAUUCUUCCAAUGUGGAGAAUCCAGACAAGGUGAUGGAGGUGAAAGGUCAGAUGAUUCUUGUUUCUGAGUCCAAUUGUAUUCUAUUUUUGGGUUCUCCACGUGUUGACAAACUGGACGAGCUGAUGGGGCGAGGCUUGCAUCUUUCUGACAUACCCAUCCAUGAUGCCACCCGUGAUGUUAUCCUGGUUGGAGAGCAGGCUAAGGCUCAGGAUGGUCUCAAGAAGCGAAUGGAUAAACUAAAAGCCACCUUAGAAAAAACCCACCAGGCUUUGGAAGAGGAGAAGAAAAGGACUGUGGAUCUUCUUUAUUCCAUAUUCCCAGGAGAUGUGGCUCAGCAACUCUGGGAAGGGAAGUCUGUUCAGGCCAGGAAGUUCGAUGAGGUCACCAUGCUCUUUUCUGACAUUGUGGGGUUCACAGCCGUCUGUGCACAAUGCACUCCAAUGCAAGUGAUUAGUAUGUUGAAUGAACUGUACACUCUAUUUGAUUACCAGUGUGGAUUCCUGGAUAUAUAUAAGGUGGAAACCAUUGGUGAUGCGUACUGUGUGGCCGCAGGACUUCACCGGAAGAGCAAAAGCCAUGCCAAGCCAAUUGCAUUAAUGGCUUUAAAGAUGAUGGAACUCUCAGAAGAAGUUCUCACUCCUGAUGGAAGACCCAUUAAGAUGAGAAUAGGAAUUCAUUCUGGCUCAGUCUUCGCUGGUGUUGUUGGAGUAAGAAUGCCACGCUAUUGUCUUUUCGGAAACAACGUCACAUUGGCCAGCAAGUUUGAAUCAGGGAGUCACCCUCGACGUAUUAAUGUCAGUCCAACAACAUACCAGCUUUUAAAAGGGGAAGAAUCUUUUCACUUCGUUCCCCGAUCACGUGAGGAGCUUCCAGACAACUUUCCAAAGGAGAUUUUGGGCAUCUGCUACUUCUUGGAGUUGAACAAUGGUCAAAAACAGCCAAAGCAGCCCUUGACAUCUGUCAGAAUGAGGAAGGUUUCCUACAACAUUGGCACUAUGUAUCUUAGGGAAACAAGUGUAUGAAACCUCCUAUAAAUUCUAGACUCUUCUCAAAAAGAAAAGCACAAACCCCUAAGCGGGUCACGACAAGAGUGUAGAGAAUCUUUCUGUGCCAUAAAUUUGCAAAGGACCACAACAGAGAGAUCUCUACAACAAGCCAGGCAAUAAUUCUUUAUUUUGGUGGUGAGUGACAGGUGUCCAGAGAACAGUUUUUAUUACAGAGUGGAUCAAGCCCAGAGGUUCCUGUUCUUGAUGUGUCCAUUUGAACAAUAAACCAUCUCAACCCAAAAGAAACACAAUCUAACAGAAGUCAACAAAAUUUUCAAAUUAUAAGGAAUAAAGGCUGGACUUGCUUAUUUUGGUUAUAUUUGUUAGUGUUUGUACUCAUGAGUUACCCAUCUGUUUGUAGAUCCAUAUACGAUAAGGAUGGUUGGCCAAGUCCAAACUGAAUAUUGGAUAGCCCAACUCCACCGUGCCGUGCCAAUGUUAGUUAAGUGACCUGUAUUGACAUAAAGAACAUUCUAAUUCCAAACAAAACCACAAGCUCAUUGCUAGAAUAACUGUACUACACAAAGAAAUGUAACCAAUUUAUAAUAUCAUAGUUACGUGAAAUUUAAACUCUGUUGUCAAGCCACCUUUGGACCUUAUGAUCAUGUUCAUUGUGAAGAUGAGUUUUUGCUUUAUUUAUUUUUUAAUUUGCGUAUUUAUUUAUUUUUCUUACUUACCUGUAUAACCAGACUUUUUAUCAGCAUGUGUAUCAAAAGUAUAUAUUUUACUUCUGUCAAGCUCUGUUAAACUUAGUAUGUGACAUCACUUGAGUGUAAGCCGUAAGAAACUAACUGACCGCCAUAGCAUCUGAAUGUAAUUUCUAAAUAAUAUUAUAUUAUAAACAGGAAAAACA